AUGUCGAACGGCUCUGAUGCCCUCGCUGAGCUACAGCGACUCGAACAGGACGAGGGCGACCUGAAGAAACAACUCGCAAUCAUCCGAAUUAGCGAACCUAUAUCCGACGUUGGCGACACGACCGUAUCCCCUUCCAAGAGAGGAUCGGAUGUCUCGAUCUCGAACUUAAAUGAUCCGACCCCGGCUGUCCUUGAAGCCGACCUGACACACUACAAGGAACUCUUCUCUAAACUACGAUUUUCCUACCUCGAACAAGUCACAAAGGAGAAAUUCCUUCGAGCAAUUGUGGGCGAGCCGCCUCUCGUCGUCGGGCACAAUGAGAAUGUGGAACUGGAAACCCAAUUGGCAGACGUGAAGGCCGAACUGAAGUCCCGCAAGGAAGAAGCGCGUCUGAUGAUUGAAGAAAUGGAGAAGAUUGGACGCGAUCUGGCUACCCGUUAUAAGAACGUCGAACUCCAAAUGACACAGCUCGCAUCGCUCCCCGAGUCCAUUGAGAAGCUGGAGUCCACAAUUGCGGGUCUCAAGGCGAAGCAAGUGGCCGGCAUGGACACUUCUGACCCACGAUCUUCACAGAAUCUCCCUCUCCCGGCGACUACGUCGCUGUUAGCUGAGCGCGAGUCGGAAUUGGCGGCGCUGAAUCGGCAAAUCGCUGCUGUGCAGAAUACAUUGCCGCGCAAGACUCGAGAGGCGGAGGCUAUCGAGAGAGAAUGCUCGGUUCUGGAACGACGAAAGGUAGAGGCCAUUGCACAGGCGCAAGAGGCGCAAAGGAAGAAGCAGCAAGGGGAGAGCGAUGGCCUGGAGGAAAUGGGCCGGUGGUACAGAGGGGCGGAGGAGACUCUCAAGGAAAUGGUCGGUGUUGAGGGAUGA